AUGAACAAAGAAAAAGAAGAAGAAGAAGAACCCUCCCCGCCUUUGGUCCAUUGUUGUUGUGGGAGGAGCUGCGGCUGCUGCGCACAGUCGCGGCUUGUUGUGCUCCGGGUUCGAAAGCGACCAGGCUGGACUGGCGGGAAGGCGGUUCUCCGGAGCUCUGGCAGCACCAGCGAGCCCAGCAUGGACGUGGACAUGGAUUCGAGUCGGACCGAGAGCGAGCGGGGAGACCUGGACAGCAGCGUCCCCGUGGCGUGUUCCUCCAACGGCAGCGGCGGGGAGGACGACGAAGCGGAGGGCCCAGGCAGGCCCGGAGAAGCCGGGGGCUCGAGUAGUCAGCUCACGCCGGAUGGAGGGACCGAGUUCGGCCACGGCAGGGAGCAAGAAGUGUCGGUGGAAAUUGGAGAGACGUAUUUGUGCCAAAGAACAGAUAAAACAUGGCACAUGGCGGAGGUGAUCCAGUCUCGCCUGAACGAGCAGGAGGGGAGAGAAGAGUUUUACGUGCACUAUGUGGGAUUUAACCGGCGCCUGGAUGAGUGGGUGGGCAAGUCCCGCCUGGCUCUCACCAAGACGGUGAAGGACGCGGUGAGGAAGAGCUCAGAGAUCGGAGGAGUUGGAGAUCUGGGCGAUCAGCCCGAGAGGAAGAUCACACGCAACCAGAAGAGGAAGCACGACGAGAUCAACCACGUCCAGAAGACGUACGCAGAGAUGGACCCAACCACAGCGGCUCUGGAGAAGGAGCAUGAGGCGAUCACCAAAGUGAAAUACGUGGAUAAAAUCCAGAUUGGGAACUUUGAGAUAGACGCCUGGUACUUCUCCCCGUUCCCUGAAGACUACGGCAAGCAGCCCAAGCUGUGGAUCUGCGAGUACUGCCUCAAGUACAUGAAGUACGAGAAGACGUUUAGGUAUCACCUGUCACACUGUCAGUGGAGGCAGCCGCCGGGGAAGGAGAUCUACAGGAGGAGUAACAUCUCCGUUUACGAGGUGGACGGACGGGAUCACAAGAUCUACUGUCAGAACCUUUGUCUACUAGCAAAGCUUUUCCUGGACCAUAAGACGCUUUAUUUUGACGUGGAGCCCUUCAUCUUCUACAUUCUCACUGAAGUCAACAAGCAGGGAGCGCACAUCGUCGGCUACUUUUCUAAGGAAAAAGAGUCUCCAGAUGGGAAUAAUGUGGCAUGUAUCCUGACGCUGCCGCCGUACCAACGCAGAGGCUACGGGAAGUUUCUCAUAGCUUUCAGUUAUGAGCUGUCCAAGCUGGAGAACUCUGUGGGUUCUCCGGAGAAGCCUCUGUCAGACCUGGGCAAGCUGAGCUACAGGAGUUACUGGUCCUGGGUGCUGCUGGAGAUCCUCAGGGACUUCAGAGGAACGUUGUCAAUCAAAGAUCUAAGCCAGAUGACCAGCAUCACGCAGAGUGACAUCAUCAGCACGCUGCAGUCGCUCAACAUGGUCAAAUACUGGAAAGGCCAGCAUGUCAUCUGCGUCACGCCCAAACUGGUGGAGGAACACCUGAAGAGCGCCCAGUACAAGAAACCCCCAAUAACAGUCGACACGAUGUGUCUGAAGUGGGCGCCUCCCAAAAACAAGCAAGCCAAGCUGUCCAAGAAGUGAGAUGGAGAAUCCACACCUGUAUAUAGCGCCUAGGAACACCUGGGAUUAUUUUCUUAGAAUAAAUGUGUACAUAUAACCA